GCCAUACCCUGGAACUAUUUGAAGCGCGAUCCAGUUACCGAUGAACUAGUGCUCGACGCUUAUGGUAAUCCGAUUUGGGAGGGUUUCUGCAUUGAUUUUAUUAAAACCUUGUCGAAGCGUCUAAACUUCGGUUACAUACUCGUACCACCUACUUCGGGUGAAUUUGGACGGCGCAAUGCCGAAACCGAACAAUGGGAUGGCAUUAUCGGCGAUUUGGCUAUUGGUGAGACGGAUUUUGCCGUCGCUGCAUUAAAAAUGUACUCGGAACGUGAAGAAGUUAUUGAUUAUAUAGCUCCGUACUUUGAGCAAACAGGCAUUUCUAUAGUUAUGCGAAAGCCGGUGCGACAGACAUCGCUAUUCAAAUUCAUGACCGUUCUACGGGUGGAAGUGUGGUUCAGCAUAAUUGCAGCGCUGGUGGGAAGUGCCAUACUGAUUUGGCUGCUAGAUAAGUAUUCACCAUAUAGUUAUAGAAAUAAUCGUGAGGCAUAUCCAUACCCUUGCAGGGAAUUCACACUUCGUGAGAGUUUCUGGUUUGCUCUGACUUCAUUCACGCCGCAAGGCGGUGGUGAACCUCCUAAAGCGGUAUCUGGUCGCAUAAUGGUUGCAGGUUAUUGGCUAUUUGUGGUUUUGAUGCUGGCCACUUUCACGGCGAACUUAGCUGCCUUUCUUACCGUGGAACGCAUGCAGACACCUGUGCAGUCUUUACAGCAGUUGGCGCGUCAAUCUCGCAUAAACUACACUGUUGUGGAAGGAUCAAGUACACAUCAAUACUUUAUAAAUAUGAAAUUUGCUGAAGACACGCUAUAUCGCAUGUGGAAGGAAUUGACGAUGAAUGUAACUGAGGAUUAUCAGAAAUACAGAGUUUGGGAUUAUCCCAUCAGAGAGCAGUACGGCACCAUAUUACUCGCUAUAAAUAGUUCCGAACCCGUUAAAGAUGCCAAGGAGGGAUUUCGCAAGGUCAACGAACACGAGAACGCCGACUUCGCAUUCAUACACGACUCCUCCGAAAUAAAAUAUGAGUUGACCCGUAACUGCAAUCUGACCGAAGUUGGCGAAGUAUUCGCUGAACAACCCUAUGCCAUUGCGAUUCAACAAGGAUCUCAUUUUGCG